AUGUUGCGAAUUGCGCAGUACAAUCCAACAUGUCCAAAAGGUCAGCGUUACGACCUACAUGGCGCAUACUUCCCCUUCAGCAAACUGGAAAACAAUUUGCCGGCUCGGCCCGCGUGGACUCUUCCCGCCAGGUUCUGGCGCCAAAAGGCGCGCUCGAUAUCGAACCUGGCAGAUAUCAGAUCGAUAUCUCGUCCUAUCACGCUGGCCGGAUCAGCCUGGCAGAGUAGAUCACGGAGGUUUGUGACAAAGUACAACCAUCGAGAUGGCAAGUUGACGAUGAAAAUGACCGAUGAUGUGGUUUGCGUUCAAUUCAGUACCAAUCAACUGCAGGACGUGAAACGAUUGGAAAAGUUAUCGGCGUCACUAAUGAGAUCGAUGGUUUCUUCGCACAGUUAG